AAAAAUGUAAAUAAAUUGUAACAAAAAUGAAAGCAUAAUAAACAAAUAAAUAAAUGAAUGAAUGAUUGAGUGAUUGAAAAUGUCGCCAUUGCUAUCGUCUCAUAUGCCAAACGCUGUAGUAUUUAAUUCUAAAAUUUUGUUGCAAAUUAAAAAUUUUAAAAAUGUUCAACAAAUAAUAAAUGAGAAAACGAUAACAAAUCAAAAGAAGAAGAAUUUCGACAGCAAUUAAAAAUAAAAGUGAAACAAUUCAAGCUCAAAAAGCGGCGGCAUAUUCAUAACAAACACCGAAAACAGCAGCAAUAAGAACAACAAGUACGGUGAAAAGAGCAACAACAACAACAACAAUAAUAACAAUCGAUUUUGUCAGCGAUUAAAUUACCCACCUUAUUAGAGCAACCACAACCACAAUAACAACACAUUGUAACGACAACCGGUUAAGUAAUAAAUAAAUCAAACAAACGUAAUAAUAAUAACUAUCAAUAACAACAACAAUAAUAGAAAACUAGUAAAUUUUUGUUCCUUAAUUUCUGUAAACUCGCGUUAGCUACAAAAACACACAAACAAAAAGAAAACAAAGAUAUAUCUAUUUGCAUAUUUCUGUGCAUCAUAUGCGAUUCUCUACAUAAAUUUUAACUUAAUUCCGGUAUUGAUGUUUUCCGCAACAUUGUAUAUGCAUAACGCAUAGCAAACAAUUAAGAUUACAAAUAUUGCAAAAAGUAAUUAUUGUCAUUAUCCUGUGUAUAUUAUAAGGAAGUCUGUACAAAGCGAAAAGUUUCUAUAGCAUUACGUUACAAGACCAAACACCAAAACACAAAAAAAAGAAAAAAAAAGAAGCGAGCACAAAUCAAUUUUUGCCUUAAAUUUGAAAAAAUUUAUAUAAGUUGAGCCUAAUCGUGAAAAAAAAACCAAUAAAGGAACUAGAAUUGAAAAUUCGGAGAAGCAAAAAGAAAAAACAAAAUUAGCCAAAUUCGGACCGUUUUGACGCAAAAUGGCGGAUGGUGGACAUACAUUUGUGAAGAAGAAUUUUCAUAAGCCAACGUAUUGUCAUCAUUGCUCAGACUUAUUAUGGUUCGCUGUGAUUGGACAAGGCUACAUAUGUGAAGUUUGUAACUUUAUAAUACACGAAAGAUGCGUUUCAAACGUUGUAACUCCGUGCUCUGGUAUAGCGCCCUGUAUUAUAAAGAAUCCUGUUGCACAUUGUUGGUCUGAACCUACGCAUCAUCGAAAAAAGUUUUGCACAGUAUGUCGCAAACGUUUAGAUGAAACGCCGGCCGUACAUUGCUUGGUUUGUGAUUAUUUUGCCCAUAUUGAGUGUCAAGACUUUGCAGUGCCCGAUUGUACAGAGAAUGCUACAUAUGUGCCCGGCAAGGAGUUGUUAAAUGUUAAGCACCAACAUCAUUGGCGAGAAGGCAAUCUACCAUCAACGUCCAAAUGUGCUUAUUGCAAGAAAAACUGUUGGUCUUCAGAAUGUCUAACAGGUUAUCGUUGCGAAUGGUGUGGUAUUACUACACACGGUGGAUGUCGCGUGUACCUGCCAACCGAAUGUAAUUUUGGUGUUUUACAACCUAUUUACUUACCUCCACAUUCAGUUUCAAUACCACGUACUGAGGUGCCAAUCGAGGCAAUUAUUGGCGUACAAGUGAAAUCAAAAUCAAGUCUUGUUCGCGACUAUUCGUGCCCUAUGUUCAAUGACUACGAAAAACAGAAACCCGUUACAAUGAAAAUAACAACAUCAAUUUGCUCAACAAAUGUUAGCGUUGCUGCAGAAAGCACAGCUUCUCAAUUAAGUUUAAGAGAACUUUUAUCGAUUGAGAGACUACGACGUGAACAAUCAAAACAAAAUUUUUUUAACUCUUGUUCUACUGCGCCAUCAUCGACAACCUCGCUAAUUUAUCCAACAAUACCAACUAAUAAGUAUAAUAAUGGUAACGAAAAGCGACGAAGAAAUUUAUCCCAGUCCUCAAUGACUUCGUUACCACGGAAACAAACGCUAAGCAAUAGUGAAGAUGAAGAUAUUGGCAUCCUUAGCGGCGUUGAUUUCAGUGAUGAGAAUGAGUUUUAUGAUAAUGAAUUCCACCAAAAAUCGAAUGUCUGGCAUAAACAAAGACAAGCCGCAGCUACCAGUGGCAUAGCUAGUGAUUUCAGUAUAGAAGGGGCUUGCAGCAGCCAGGAUGGAGGCAGUGAUAUGGAUGACGAAUCGUUUUUCCAACGAGGUUUCUAUGAAAUCUCAGACACUAGCAGAGAAAUAAUCAACACUGAAGACAUCGAUAUUAAUUUAAAAAAUUUAAAUGCAACUAACCUAAACUAUAAUAAUAAUAAUAAUAAAAAAAACACUUCAGUAGGUAAGAAUAAAAAAGAGCACAAUCUGUCUUUGUCAACGACGAUAAUGGGAAAGAAAUCGUACGAUUCGUGCCUUAAAUCCGUGCUAUCUUCAACAACAGACACUGCCUUGGAUGCGACAUAUCCUUCCUCUCGAAAGAUCGGUGCGACUGCAAAAUUAAAAACUAUGUUUACGCCUACGAAAUCAUAUUCAAAAGUUUCUAGCUCGCCAAAUUCCAGCGACUAUUCAUUAACUUCACGCAAACCUGAUACGACGAGAUCAUGUCAACAGCAACCCUCACCAGUUAAUCAAAAUAAAUUGUUUCGAGAGCCACGCCAGAGAUUGCAUUUAUCAAGUUUGGAAGCACCUUCUAAAAAAUAUUCCCGUUUCUUUAAGCGACGACGUUCAAAACGUUCAAGAAGUAGACUAAAAAACAUUAACUCGAGCAAAUCGAAUAAUUUAAAUGCGAUUUCACAAAAUAUUAAAAUUAUCAUACAAGACGAACAUGGAAAUUAUCAUCCUUACGAUGAUAGUUAUGAUAGUUUGAGCUAUGGACGGAGAAGAUGCAAUCCAGAGGCAAGCGAUGACUGCGAGGUUGAUGAAGAGAAUGAUGAAGACGAUGACGAAGAUGAUGAGAAUAUUUUACGAAGCUAUAUGGAUAACCGCUCAAGACCUCUAUCCUGCCACAGUAUCCGUCAGAGUGGUGACCUAGGUCAUUGCGGCAAUAACCGAAACCAGUCACAGCCGCCCGAUGAUAGCAAACAUGUUUUUGGCCGUUUUUUGAAACGGAUGCGUCGUUUUUCAAUCGGUUGGCGGAGAACAAAUUAUCAUAAACGCAGAGCACGAAGUAUAUCUGAAGAAUUUAGCAGCGGCGAUACACCAUGUGCUAAGGAUGAAGAAUCAUCAGUUGGUAAAAUUGAAUCGCUUUACUUUGGGGGAGGCGUUGCUGGUGUUAGUGCAGGUUCCAUUAGCGUUGGUGGCGCUGGUGUCAGUAGUGCAGCGGGCUGCAGUACUGCUGGCUCAUCAACGCAUUAUCGACCAGAAUCAUCUAGUGGCCAUAAAUCGGAUAAGGAGAAAGAAAAAAAGGAAAGAGAACGUGAAGAGAAGGACAUCGAAACUGUUAAAGUUUUCGAUGGCAACAAUUCGUUUAAACGUCAACUAUAUCGAGUAAUUAUAGUGCCGCGCACGUACACACUCGAACAAUUAUUGACCACUGCUUUAAGAGCAUUUCACAUAACACGAGAUCCAAGUGCAUUUUAUUUAACUGAUUUAUAUGCUCCAGCUGGAAUGGAAGACACUCCAUUACAGGAUCCAAAUCCUGUACAAACUUUAAUACACUUAGAGGGGAAACGGCCAGCGAUAUAUCUCAGGUUUCACGAUAAAGAAAAAGGGCAUGUUCGCGUGUAUCCCGGUAAAUUGCAAUGUUCUUUGGAAGAUCCUUACGUCAGUGUUCCUGUAGAUAACACAACCACCAUUAAAGAUUUAAUACGUGACGCUUUAGAUAAAUUUGGUUUACAAGACAACCAAAUAGAAGACUACAGAUGUUCCGAAGUAUUACUAGAUCGUGGUGUUACUGAACGCAUAUUAUGCUGGAAUGAACGUCCCUGGGAUAUUAUGAAACAUUUGGGUAAAGACUCAAUACGUCAAAUGGAAUUGAUGCGUUUCUAUAUGCAGUAUAAACAAGAUCCUCACGGUCCAAACAUAGCUUUAUUCGUUGGAAAUUUACCACCCGGCCUAUCACAGCGUAAUUAUGAGCAAAUCUUAAAUCGUUAUGUAACCGAUGAAAAUAAAUUCACUAGUAUUGGUCCUAUCUAUUAUGAAUACGGUUCGGUAGUACUGACCUUUGAAGACUCACAAAAAGCGGUGCGUGCUUUUUAUAAUCUACGGGAAACCAUAAUUGAGGAUAAGAAAUUAUUAGUUUUACUAUUACCCAAUAUUGAGCCAAGUAUGGUGCCAUCGGAUGUUAGGCCGUUAUUAGUGUUCGUCAAUGUUAAAUCAGGGGGCUGUCAAGGUUUGGAAUUAAUAUCAAGCUUUAGAAAGCUAUUAAAUCCAUUCCAAGUGUUCGAUCUGGACAAUGGUGGACCAUUGCCAGGUUUAUAUGUAUUUCGUCAAAUCGCCAAUUAUAAAAUAUUAGUUUGUGGCGGUGAUGGUACUAUUGGUUGGGUACUGCAGUGUCUUGAUAACGUCGGACAAGAUUCGGAGUGUUCUAGUCCACCGUGCGCCAUAGUGCCUUUGGGUACUGGCAAUGACUUAGCACGUGUUCUCUGCUGGGGCUCUGGCUACACUGGCGGGGAAGAUCCUUUAAACCUUUUACGCGAUGUGAUUGAUGCGGAAGAAAUUCGUCUUGAUCGUUGGACGGUUGUAUUUCAUCCGGAGGAAAGACCUGAGGAACCGGCAAUUAAAGCGCCCUCAAAUACCACCGGUAAGAAGAAGAAGGCUCACCAAGCACACUUAUCGCAACAAACAAAUCAGCAUCAUCAAUUACCGGCCAUAACGAGCGAUAUAUCAGGAGGUGGUGGUGCUCAAAACGAAGAUAAUUCUCAAAUAUUUGUUAUGAACAAUUAUUUUGGUAUUGGUGUCGAUGCAGACCUCUGCUUAGAUUUUCAUAAUGCGCGGGAAGAAAAUCCAAAUAAAUUCAAUUCUCGUUUACACAACAAAGGCUAUUAUGUAAAGAUGGGCUUACGAAAAAUUGUCGGACGUAAAACUGUUAAGGAAUUGCACAAGGAAUUGCGCUUAGAAGUUGAUGGCAAAGUUAUUGAACUGCCACCCGUCGAGGGUAUAAUUAUAUUGAAUAUUUUAAGUUGGGGUAGCGGUGCCAAUCCUUGGGGUCCUGAUAAGGACGAUAACUUCACUACACCCAAUCAUUAUGACGGUGUUUUAGAAAUUGUCGGCGUUUCCGGUGUAGUGCAUUUAGGUCAAAUACAGUCGGGUAUACGUACCGCUACACGUAUUGCUCAAGGCGGUCACAUCAAAAUACACUUAUACUCCGAUAUGCCUGUCCAAGUUGAUGGAGAACCUUGGGUACAAAGUCCCAGUGACGUCGUCGUCUUGAAAUCAGCCCUCAAGGCUACAAUGCUCAAAAAAACUAAAUGCAAGAGACGUUUAACUGAGCCGCAUAUAACGCCAGGCAUUUUGGGUCUAACAAGUAAUAUGGCGAGCGCGACAUCAUCCUCAACUGCAUUACAAACGGCGGCUGCAAUGCAUUUGGAGAAUAGUGAGCGGGAUAAAGAUUCUACGGCAACCAGCACAUAGAGACCACGUCCGUCCGGUCCAAGUCUUCUGUUUUCAUGUUUUCUGUAAAAGUGCGAAAUAAAAGAAAAAGAAACGAAAAAUUAAAUAGACACACAAGUGAAUUCACACGGCAAUCUAAUAACAAAACUAAAUAUUUAGCACAACAAAUAAUAUCUAAAGGAAAAUGUAUAAAGCAAAUAACUAAAAUGUUGAUUUUAAUAUUCAUGAACACAUACGUACAUGUGCCGACAAUCGGGGACAGUUGUAUUUUUUUAUAUAGUUCUUUUCAUUUUUAUUAAAAAAGUUUUUUUUUCCUUUUAGAUAUUUCUUAAGACAGA